AUGACCAACGGUCCAGAGAACCAACAACAACCAGCAAUGAGCGCAGUCGGCUAUAACCCACCGACCUACGCUGAAGCAAAUGCCUACGUGUUCGAUGGCUCGAACAGCGGUCCGUCUUCGUACCCCGUAGACAAGAAGGAGCAGCCAAAGCCACAGCAGACUCCGAGCGCUGAGCCAUACGUGGGCACGUCUUCAGUACCCGCAACACGUGCAGGAGCCGUGACCGUAUAUCACUAUGUCCAUCCAGUCACCCAGCACCGAAUCGACUCUCUCCUCCCUCCGGAUCAUCCAGAGAUGCAGUGCCUCCAGUUCGGCCACGUACCACAUACACGUUUCGGACUUGCGGGCAUUCUCGCUACCAUCUUCUGGUUCCCACUCGGAGCCGCGUGUCUGCUCAUUGACAAGAAGACAGUGUGCUCGCGGUGUAAGAAGACGAUUAACGACACGCCCUAA